AUGAUCAAGCGAAGACAGAGCCCGGACUUAUCAACCAAUCUGUUUCUCAAUGCGCCUACAAUGAAAACCUUUUGUCAGCAGUAUAAUGGCAUGACUUUAUCUGGGAUUCAUAGAAGAUUCAUGGACCAAGAUCGCAUCUCUGCUAUUACAAUCAAAGAGAAAGCGCUUUCAUGGCCAGAAGGACAAGACGUAUACCGGCUUCUUCAUAUAUUAAAAGUAAAUAAUGAGUACAAGCAAUACGUUCGCAGUGUCUUUGUCGAUGACAGUGGUAUUAUGAUUUUCUACGCAUAUCAUGAUCAACUCAAACUUCUUGGUUCUUUCGAAUCCUUCGAGGUUGUCAUCACCGAUAAGAGGUCAGGCGCUUUUAAGGAAGUGACAUUCAUGAGAUAUCUUCAGGAAUAUGGCAAAGUCAUCACGCUCCUUCGAGUCCUUAUAGAUAAGGACUCACCAGCUAGUUACAAAGUGCUUUUUCAGAGAGUCUUUAAACUAGUCAGCGAUGUUUGUGAGGAACCGACGAGAUUUCACUAUCUACAUGGCAUUGGAAUCAAAUCGAUUGUCAUCGACAUGUGUCCGAAACAGAUGACCGGCCUCGGGAUGUGUCUUAUGGGCCUCGAUCCGCAACAUCGUGACUGGAAAUGGCAACUGAAAAGUAUCGUCAUUUUCAGUCCUGUCCAAUUUCUCAGAAACAUUUCAAAAUUGGCUCCAGACCCAGAUGAGCUUAAUGUUUCGGAAAGAAUGCGAGCAUUGCUCUCUUGUGAGACUCGACAGGAGUAUGACUUCGUGAUUUCCUUCAUUCAACAAUUCGGAUCCCCGAAGACCCGUGACUGGGCUGAACACAAGAAGAAUCCAGUAAUUGCGGCUGGCAUAUGUAAAGCCUACUCAUUGAUGAUACCGGAGUUUUAUCAGGAGGUUCGGGACCAGACGAAUGGCAUCCGAGAAGCCCAUUACCGAUCGUAUCUCAAAGGCGCCUACCCUGACGUUCGUGCUACAAUAUAUGGGUCUAUGGAUAUCGAUAAACGCGGUAUUGAGCAGUACCUUGCACAAAGUCGACCUCGAACGCAGAAUAGUCGAGAAAGCGGCAAUGUAGAUCUUCCCGAUUGCGUGGAGGUUGUUCGGAAACGCAAGCGCACUUCCACGCUCCAGCAUCCAGAUGCUGCAAACGAUAGCCCUCAACCAAGUGAUCCGGUUAUCGACCGUUGGAUAGGAGACGUUAUACAAGCUACCAGCCGUUCUCGGUCCCCCUCACGGCGACGUUCGGACGGCCGCCCGCGGUGA